UCUUUUCUGUUUUCACAGGGGUAAGCCUAUCUACCGUCACCUGUAAAUUGAUUCAAUACGCUGCAUAUUAAAAUUAUGAGAGCUGUAAGUGGUUUGGUACCAACUAGAUUCUUGGUUCUCAUAGCACAUCUGGUGAUUGUCAUAUCAAUAUUCUGGUCAAGGGAUCUGAAUGUGAAAGCAUGUCUUCCAAUUAACUACACUGCUGCAGAAUAUUCAUCCAGAGACACUGAACUUAUUAUUGGCCUUUCAAUAACACUAGCAUUCUUUUUGGUUGAAUUUGGAGGGUUUAUUGGUGGAGUUUCAAUGUUCAGUCACACGCAGUCUCUAUUUUCUAUUGCGGCUCAUGCAGGGGCCAGUGUCACUCUCGCCUUUUUCGUUUUUGAUUCUUGGAGCUGCUCUUUAUAUUGGUGGAUUUUUGCAUUCUGUAGUGCCCUUCCAGCAAUUACUGAGACUAUUGUUAUCAUCGGUGUUUUAGCAUUGAAGAAAAACUUAUAGUCAAUGGCAAAGUUUUUUUUCAGCGUCUGAUCAAAUGCUUCCACUCCAUGCUGGUCACAAAGAAUCUGUUGAAUUGAAAGUCCUAAAUCAUGAUCAAAUAGUGAUCCAGGGCUCAGUCACAUAUCACAGUUUUGCCUUAAAACUUUUUUAAAAUUGUGAAUUUCAUUCUUCGGCAUUAGUUUUGUAAAUAUUAAAUGUUAGCACGUUUUCAACAAACUUUCUAUUUUAACUGCUUCAUAUAUGAAUCAAAAAGUUUGAAAUUAUUUUUACUUGGUGUUUCGCUAAAGGACCCUAUUUUUAUAUAAAUAUAUUUUAUUACUGCUGA